AUGGCGAGUACCGGAGUAGGAGACGGAGGACUACUAUUCCGCGGAUUCUUCGAAGGAUCCAUUUCUGGUUCUCAUUUCGAGAUCGACAAACGACCUUACCAUAAGAACUGCACCUGCGCCCUCCACGGUUCAUCAGGAACUGCCAACUGUCCCCAUCAAAAGCCCCCUAAAGUCUCCUACCCGAUCAAACGAUCCUGGAGCGAAGGAUCCUUGGCUAUGUAUUCGUCACUGAAUCCAUCCCCUUCUUCAUCCCCUGCUUCCGUUGAUCAUAUUUCUAAGGGUAAUGGUACUCCUCCCCUUCCUCGCACUUCUUCCUCAUCAACAUUGCAUACUUGUCCAAUCAGAUCUUAA